GACGUUAGCCGAAAAAAAGUCUCCCGUAAAGAAACGAUCAAUGUGGGUCCGGCAGCUGGUUUGAGUGAACGAAGCGGUUUUUAGCUCUGCGCGCGCUUCGGUGUUUGCGGAGCCGUUGUCCAAAAACAAAGGGGGCCGGGUGAGUCGUCCAUUUGUGCAGAACUAUCCGGACAAAGCCGUUGAAUUAAACAUGGAGGUGGACGAGACCCCAGCCAACGUGAUGGCUGCUUCGGGCACCACUGGCAGUGUGUGCAUCUCCUUGCAUCCGCUAGUGAUUAUGAACAUCUCCGAGCACUGGACGCGAAUCAAGGCCCAGGAAGGCAAGGCACAGCAAGUGAUCGGUGCCCUCAUCGGCAAGCAGAAAGGUCGCAACAUCGAAGUCAUGAACUCGUUCGAGCUCGUCUUCAACACCAUCGAGGGAAACAUUGUGAUUGACAACGACUACUACAAUGUCAAGGAGCAGCAGUUCAAACAGGUGUUCAGUGACUUGGACUUCCUCGGCUGGUACACGACGGGAGGCGCACCGACCGAGUCAGACAUCCAGGUGCACCGGCAAAUAUGCUGCAUCAACGAGAGUCCCGUGCUGCUCAAACUGAACCCACAGGCACGUCACAGUCAGCUGCCCGUUGCCAUGUACGAGUCAGUCAUCGACCUGGUCAACGGGCAGGCCACCAUGCUCUUCGUUGAGUUGCCCUAUACGCUGGCUACUGAGGAGGCCGAACGCAUUGGUCUCGAUCACAUGGCACGCAUGUCAGCUGCUGGCGAGUCUGGUGAAAGCUCCCUUGUUGCCCAGCAUUUACAGGCCCAGCACAGUGCCAUCAAGAUGCUGCACAGCCGGGUGCGCCUGGUGCUGGAGUACGUCAAGGCAGUGUCUGCGGGCACCCUUCCGGCCAACCACGAGGUGCUGCGGGACGCGUUCAGCCUCUGCCACCGGCUGCCCGUGCUGCACACGCCCAGCUUCCAGGGCCAGUUCUACAACCAGUGCAACGACGUGGCCCUCAUGACUUACCUGGGCACCCUCACCAAGGGCUGCAACACCAUCAACCAGUUUGUCAACAAGUUCAACCUCCUGUACGACCGACAGGGCAUGGGACGACGCAUGGGCCGGGGGCUGUUCUUCUGAGAAGCUGUGCCAUUCUGGUGGUGACAGCACAUUAUGGAAGUGCACCAAACAAGCCCAACAAGCAGCUCACUUGCCAUGCGAUACCUGCUGGACAGAAAAAAGAACUCUCAGGAACUGCAAGUCCUGUUCACCAAUGCUGCCAUCUGUUGUGCACACCUGUGAGCAGACUGUGCUUCUUUUUUUUUUUUUUUUUGUUCAUUGCAGUGCAGUUGGCACCGCAGCACUACAAGCACCAAGUCAGUGCGUAUGCGAAGAAGUCGUUCAAAUUCUUUGGAAACAAUGUUGUUCCUCUUCUUUCUUUUUUCAAUUUGAGUAAAUGCAACAAUUUUUGGCCGAGGAGAGAGGUAAUAAACGAAGUGGUCAUCACAUACUG